AUGUUAUCGGAUUCAAAUAAGAAACAGUUCGCUCUGGUGGAGUUGGAGAAGUUGCUAUCUUUGUGGGGGAAGAACCUGAGGGACUUUCCAGAAAUGCCAAUUGCAGACGAAAGUAACAUGUGUUUGAGUGAAAACAUGUUGAUAGACGAAGAGUUGGCGUAUGACAAGGAAUCAUUGAAGACGGAACAUGAAACAUUGAGGAACAUGCAAGACGCUCGUGUGGAGAACGAUAUCGUUGCUUCAAGUGGAAUAACACCUUUAAACCCUAAACCCCAAUUUGCUCUUACCGAGAGUAUAUCACAAGACAGUGACCUUGCUGAGCUUAUAAUAAGGAGCAAAUUGAUAAUAUGGGAUGAAGUACCGAUGAUGCACAAACACUGUUUUGUGGCUUUGGACAAAAUCAUGAGGGAUCUAUUGAGGUUUGUCAUAGCGGGUAGUGCUGGAAAGAGAUUUGGUGGAAAGACAGUAGUUUUUGGCGGAGAUUUUAGACAGAUCCUACUCGUUAUUCCAAAAGCAACGAGACCAGUAGUUGUUGGAACCAUUAUUAAUUCUUCGUGCAUGUGGACAAAUUGCAAUGUAUUAACACUCACCAAGAACUUGAGACUACGGAGCUUAGUUUCAGAGGAAGAUAUACGGACGGUUGAUUGGUUUUCAAAAUGGAUUGCAGACAUCAGAGAUGAGAUUGUAGGGGUUGUAAUGACGAUUCAUCUGAGAUCGAUAUUCUGGCAUGGUUUCUAUUGA